AUGUGGGGACUCGAAAGAACAAACAAACUACACACACACACACACACACACACACACACACACACACACACACACACACUUAUAUCUAUCAAUUUAUCUAUCUCUUCAUUUCUUUUCUUUCUAUCUAUCUAUCUAUCUAUCUAUCUAUCAGUAUCUUCAUUUCUUUCUUUUUCUCACUCUAUCUCUUCAUUUCUUUCUAUCUAUCUAUCUAUCACUCUUUUCAUUUUUUCCUUUCUAUAUCCAUCAGUGUCUUCAGUUCCCUAUCUAUCUAUCUAUCUAUCUAUCUAUCUAUCUAUCUAUCUAUCUAUCUCUUCAUUUCUUUCUCUCUCUCACACUCUCUCUCUCUCUCUCUCUCUAUCUAUCUAUCUACCUGAAGUUGUGGGAGGAAAAAAAAUAAUAUUAAAUUUACGCCACCUUUACAUCCAUUCGUAUAAUUAUUAUUAUUAUUUUAUUUUUUUUGUCUAUCUGUUUAUCUAUCCAUCCUCUCUCUCUCUCUGUGUCUCUCUAUCUGUCUAUUCACCUUCUCUCUGUCUAUCUGUCUGUGUGUCUAUCCAUCCUAUUUCUCUCUGUCUAUCUAUCUGUUUACCUUUCUUUCUAUCACUCUAUAUAUCUGUCUAUCUAUCCAUCUUUUCUCACUCUAUCUGUCUAUCUAUCCACCCCUCUCUCUCUAUCUGUCUAUCCACCCUUUCUCUCUCUGUCUAUCUAUCUGUCUAUCUAUUCAUCCUCUCUCUUUCCCUCUAUCUGUCUGUCAGUCCAUCCAUCCCAUCUAUCUAUCUAUCUAUCUAUCUAUCUAUCUAUCUAUCUAUCUAUCUAUCUAUCCUUUUUCUCUCUCUCUCUGUCUAUCUAUUUGUCUAUCUAUCCACCCAUCCCCUGUCUCUAUCUGUUUGCUUUAUAUCUGGAUGUAUCUAG